CAAAUCCACAUACAUCGUCCCCCUGUAAAAUAUAUUCGCGCUUGAGUUGCAAGCCACUUUGUUCCUGAUCCCUCUUCUUAUAUUCCUUUCCUCCAUUCCUAAUCCCCUAUUAAAACCCAAAACCCUAACGCCCUCAAUCCAAGCAAUCUUUGUGCCCAGGUAGCUACUGCAAAGAUAUAGAAACAGCCGAAAUCAUGUCUGAUGAAGGAAGAGUGCACCGGGAUUGCAGGAAUGCAUCCAAUCCCUACCACGAAUGCAGCGAGUUUUGCUUCAAAGUUAUUGCUGAAACCAAAGCUCGGAUGGAUCAAAAUCAAUCAGAAUCUGUACAAGUUAGUGGUGGUAGUGGCAAAUCAAAAUUAGAGGCUGCUCAGCAAGAGGAAGAUCUAGAUAGACCAUCAGAGACUGAUGAACAUGCUGGUGAUGGUGAUGAGCCUCCUGUUGACGAGGAGGAGAAUAUGGAAGGAGACUUCACAAAGUUCACAGGGAGGAAGAAAAAGUUGUGGGAAUUAAGGAUGAAGAUGAAUAAGGCUAGGAAAGCAAAUCAAACAGAUAUUGCAGCUGAAAAGAAAAGAAUGGAACCUCCACAAGAAUCAAGGGGCAUUUCUAAACAAAAAUGGCUUGAAGAGAGGAAAAAAAGAAUUGGUAAACUUCUAGAUGCAAAUGGUUUGGAUAUGAAAACCGCUUACAUGCUAGAUACACAAGAGAUGGCAGAGUCAAAGUACAAGAAAUGGGAAAAGGAUCCUGCCCCAUAUGGCUGGGAUGUUUUUAAUCAGAAAACAUUGUAUGAUGCAUACAAAAAGCGAACAAAUAAUAUUGAUAUUGACUUGGAAGAUUACAAUAAGAUGAAAGAAGAAGAUCCAGAGUUCUACCGUGAAGCUUCCAGCCUUCAAUAUGGGAAGGCUCCAAAGAUCUCAGAGGAUAAAAUUGACAAGAUGGUGAAGGAACUAAAGGACCAGGAAGAGAAGAAAAAGAAAUUCAGCAGGAGGAGGAGGUUCCAUGAUGAGAAGGAUAUUGACUCGAUCAAUGACCGUAAUGAGCAUUUUAACAAGAAGAUUGAGCGAGCUUUUGGUAAAUACACACUGGAAAUCAAAAACAAUCUCGAGCGAGGAACUGCAUUGCCCGACUAAGGUAAACUGCAAAAUGCAUUGUAUUAUGAUGUUUUUGUAAUUGGGAAAGUCUAACUGGCUUAAUGGGUACUAUUCCCUCAACUUAGUGCUGCCAGGUCUGAUGCUGGUGAAUUGUAAUAAAUGUAUGACUUUAUGGUGAAGUGUUUCUUUGAUACA